CGGAAAAUGUCACUCAGCUGGAGUUUCAUUGAUGCUUUAUGGUCUUUUCUGGCGUUUUGUUUCCUUGUAGCUUUUUGUGUUCAUAAAAUAUCACAACACCUACCGAUAAAACAUGAAACGUGUCGUAUUUACGUGUUAUUUCAGGAUCUUAUCCGGUACGGAAAAACAAAACAAAACCUCAAACGAGACGACUGGCUGCGCGCGUUUGACGUCCCAAAGAGGUGGUUUUGGCACUUUUAUGCCAUCUCUGUUGGCUGGAACAGUCUUCUUCUGGCCUUCUACCUAAACUUCAUAUUUCAGCAGCACCAACACCCAUCGUGGCUGAAUGGGUUAUUAAACAUUUUGACGGGUGUACCAAGUGCUGACAGUCAAGUCCCACAGCUGUCGACUCUGCUGGUGCAGCUGCUGCUCUGCGUCCACUCCCUCAGGAGGCUGCUGGAGUGCCUGUUUGUCAGUGUUUUCUCUGACGGAGCCGUACACGUGGUGCAGUAUGUGUUCGGCGUGUGCUAUUACGUCGUGCUGGGGUUGACGGUGCUCUGCUCGGAUCGUCUGCGAAAAGGGACUGGAUCUCUCCUCUCUCAGCUGGACUGGUUUCAUGUGGCUGGAGCUGCACUUUUCAUUUGGGCCUCGCUGAUGCAGCAUCAGUGCAUGGUCCUGCUGGCCAGGCUUCGCACUGGAAAGUCAGGCACAGUGGAGACGCUGGCUCACAGAGUGCCAGAGGGAGGCUGGUUCGAGCUGGUGUCGUGCCCGCAUUACUUUGCAGAGCUGCUGAUCUACGUCUCCCUGAGCUUAGUUUUUGGAGGCUUGUGUCUUAGCUGGUGGCUUGUUGUUCUUUAUGUGCUCUUCAACCAGGCGCUGGCAGCACAGCUUUGUCAUGACCUUUAUAUCAGCAAAUAUGAGUCAUACCCAAAGAAAAGAAAAGCAUUUAUACCCUUUGUGCUUUGAAUAGGUACUAUUACUGUCCUCUGUUUUACAUUCCUUAUUGGGAGCUGUCAAGUCCCAGAAAUGAUUGACGAGGUGUCUGAGGACGUGACGGUGUGGGAGUUAAACUCACCUCUCUC